AUGGCGGACGUGAAGGACUUGAAAUUGUAAGUUAUUUCGUCGAUUAUAGGUUAUUUACUCCUUAAAGUAAACCGUUAGAUGGAGUAAUUUUGAACAUUUUUAUAAUCAAAUGUUUUAGGGAAAUAUCUGUGCCUUUUUGCACGGAAACUGAAGCGCAAAUUGCCUGCAAUUCCCUCUCUGUUGAUCCAGAGCCGAAGCGUGGAGGUGUCAAGAAAGAACUUCUGGUGAAGGGAAAUGUGUUACAAGCGUGAGUAUUUCCUUGUUUAAUUAAAAUGUGGUGUGAUUUCCUCAGUUCUGUGAGGUCCCGUCUAUGUCCCAUCGGCGCAGCUUUGGUUGAUUUGAUCAUGCCUCAAGCCCUAUUUUUGACGUUUCCAAUUUGGUCCCAAUAGAGGCUAAAAAAAAUUUCAAUGAGAUGAUACCACGUGCUCACUAAAUGACUUAUUUUUUCGAUAUUUUUUUUGUUUUUAAUUUCUGAUCUAAUGACCUUUACUAGGAAUUUAACCAUGCCUUCACUGUGUUAAUAAGAUACUCUUUUCAUCAUUGAAAUGUUAUUGUAUUUACAUAUUUCAUUGUUACAAUUAAGGCAAGGCAAGCGUACCUCCCAAUAUUCUAUUAAUGGAUUGAUUAUUUGAAAAAUGAAUCCGUUAGUCGUUCCCAAAACUAGUGUCAAAUUCAAAUUGACAUUCCUGCAUGCAUCAUGAGCAAUGAAUAUUUUACGAGAACUUCUCUGUAUUAGGUCAGAUUGAAAAUCUUUGAAUGGGUUUAAUAAAUUUCUUAAAAGACAUUUGCAUCAAAUUCAGGGAAACUUAUCUGGUAGAAUUUUUUGUAACUGAAUCACGUGUGAAUUCACCGCUUAUUAUGCAUGCAAGAAUGCAUAGACGAAUCUGAAAUGUACAACUACCAAGGGAUUCAACCUUCGAAUAAUAAAUUCAUUAAUGAAAUCUUGGGGGUACACUUCACCUGGCUUGAAUGUAAUUCCCAUUUUCACCCCUUGCUUUGUUGCACACAAUAAAGAACUUCAAUUAUUCCCAAUUUUAAACAGGUCCAUGUCAUCUUCUGAAGCCAAAACACUGAGAGUUUGUGCCAACUCAUUUCUCGACCAUUUAUCUUUGGUUGUGGAGACAAUUGAAGCAUUUGGACCACCAAUGGAAGAGUCGUGA